CACUUCCUGGUUUGUCUCGGGACUGUUUACAUCAGGUGAAAUCUAUAUCCUGAUAAACGGAGAGAGCGCGUGCGUUUCUGCUUUUGUCCCCUGCCAGGACGCAGUGAUCUGGAUUGUUCUGUUUCAACACACGCACGCGGUAGAUUAAAAACAUGUCCCCGGCCGCUGCCUUCCACGCGCAGCUCGCCUCCAUCAUGGAGGUGCUGGCCAACACGGCGGUGGCGGAGAUCUGCGAGCUCGUAGACAGCGGUUACUCGGUGCUGCAGCUGGAGAUCUCGCGGAGCCGCAAAGAGAACGAGGUGCUGCGGAGAAAACUGCGGCUCAUGGAGCUCCGAACUGCCCGCGCGACCGCCUUGCGAGCCGCGGCCACCGCAAGCGGCACCGCGCUGCUGCACGCGAGCGGCCGCGCUCGAGCUCAUCUGCCUUCUCAUCACCCUGGCAACGAGCCGAGGAGGAACGGCACACCUGGAGGUCAGGUGUCUUUGUCCAGAGCGUCCAACCCGGAGACUCUGCGGUGUGGAGACAAUCUGUCCUCAGACUCUAGACAAGACACAACACAAGGGACAGCUGCUGCAGGUGAGUCGACCAAACCGACGACCACAGUGAUCAAAGUGGAGGACAACGAUGAGUCUUGGUCCCAAUCUGAGCCGGAGAGAGAUUUCUGUCGUGUUGUUGAUGGACAGUCGAUGGAGACAGAAGCCCCUCCGCCACUGACCAAACAGGAAGAAGCAGACGAAGGCGACAGUUCAGCUCGGUCGUGGGUGAGUGGGGAAGUCAGCUCCACCACCAUGUCCAUCCAAAAAACCCUGAACGCCAGCCAGAGGUCAGAAACCAGCAGUUAUGACUGCCUGAUGUACGAGCCACAGCUCCAACAUGGCUCCCACAGUACCCAGAAUCCUUUGAGUGAGGAUCCCGGCUGCUCGUAUGUGUUGAACACCAGUGUGAGUGUUUCAGCUGCGUCUGAUUCAGGCGGCAGCAGCUUCCCUUUCACAGUCAGUGAGGAAACUCUGUCGGCAGCAGAGCACCAGCAGCCUGCAGGUUUCCAGAGCAGCCAGCAGAGGGCGCCAUUACCUGCAGAUGAGCCGCAGCUCCCCCUAAGGAAAGACAUGACAGAAAGGCAAAAUGCUUUCAUCAGAAGGGACAGGUGGAGACAUCACGAUGGCGUCAACAGGGCCUCCAGUCACAGCAGGGAGGACAGCGGGGGGAAGGCAUUUGUCUGUAACUGCUGCGGUAAAACUCUGGCCUGCCUGAAGAACCUGAAGACCCACAUGAGGGUCCACACAGGUGAGAAGCCCUUCGUCUGUGCGCUCUGCGGCAAACGCUUCUCCGACUCCAGCAACCUGAAACGCCACCAGAGCGUCCACACUGGAGAGAAACGCUAUGGCUGCGUGCACUGUGGGAAACGCUUCGCCCAGUCAGGAUCCCUGAAGGUCCACAUGACCGUCCACACGGACUGCAAACAGUUCAGGUGCUCUUUCUGCGGCAAAACCUUCAUCUCCGGCAGCCACCUGCGCCGCCAUAUCACUGUGCAUGGAGGAGAGAAACGAUUCGCUCCAGAGUUUCAGUAGUUACAACUAAUCGACUGACAAAUCUUGUUUCAGAGUGAGACAAAGCAGGCAACUGCACUGGGGCCCCCUGUCCCAGUUUUACUGCAAGUCAGUUGGUUUUGAUGACUUGUAAGAAAAUUUGCAUGACUAAAUUACAAAUCUAUAUUGUGAUAGGUGCUCUAGGUCAAAGUCUAGUUUUAAGAGCUUGAUUAUUUCAGUUUAUAUUGCGUUCACAUGGUGCAUAUUCCUCAAUUCAGUUACCACCACCAGACAACCUGGGGCCAAGUGUUUCUCCAGCAGAGGACUACUAUAAUGAAGCUGUCACGGGAUGUCUGCGGUUUGUUCUGGACUGGAGGCGACAGAGAACAUGGACAAUGUGUGACUUUAUUGAUUCUCUCAUCUGUCAAGUCUUCCCUUCCCCACCCCCCAAACUAUAAAAUGUCCAAAAAGUGAAUCACAAGUUCUGAGAGGGGAGGUCUUAAAAUGGUAUUGUUUUGUCCAUCUGAAACCCAAAGAUACAUUUAUUCUUACACAUGAGAAAGACAAAUAAGUCAGCCCUUACUAUAUACACACACCCUUUUGUUUGGCAUCUUUUGGCAACAACUUUUUUAAUUUUCUUUGUCGAUCUACUCAGAAGAUGGUGGUGUUAGGGAGGCCCCUUACUCACAGUUUCAUCACCCUCUGAGUGUUGCAUCCUUUUUUUCCCCUCUGUUUUAGGGAAAACAAACCAACUGUAUUGUUGCUGAGGUGUUGAUUUGGCUCAGCUGACAUUUUUGUGGACAGAAUUUGUUGUUUUGUACUGUGUCACUUCCUCUUCGCAAAUGCAGUUUUCCACAUGGCGUCUUGAUCUGAGACGUGUUCUCUGCCACAUGACAUCAUUCUGGCCUGUGAGUAACUCUGCAAGUCGACUACUGUUGCCUUAUAAAAACAUGGUAAAUCA